CUAUUUUCCCAAAUAUAUAUAUCAAUAAACAAAUAUUCUUAUCUAUCUUUUUCAUUUGAACUAUUUUCUUGUCAGUAUUCAUAGCACGAUCAACAAUUGACAUAAUCAACACGAUUCAUUUGUUCAUUUCAACAAUAAUCUCAUAUGAAGAUUAACGAUAACAAUAGUAGACUAGAUUCACCUACUCUUGGUCUUGAAGAAGAAAAGUAUGUCAGCUUUUAUUCUUCUCUUACAACUACGACAAACACAGGGGGUCUUUCCUUACCAUUCGCAAAGGAACUAGUGACAAAAAUGGAAACCGAUGAAGCCUCACUAGCCGCACGACAACACUCCAAGAACGGCAAUCGUUCCAAUUGGUUAUCGAUGACUGGUAGUACGACAAUGGGCGAUCAUGAUCAAACCGGUAUUUACAGUAGCACAUUAAUCGAAAGACGAAGAGGAACAAGUCUUUAUCUGGCAUCACCGUCAUCUUCACCUUCAUCUUCUUCUUCUUCUUCUUCAACAACAAUGACAUUGAAUCAACCAUCCGAUCAAAAAACAUUAAUGACGAAACGAUCACACUUGAUGAUACCACAACAAAAACUUCAGCCUCAAUAUUCUAUUCUCGCACAAAUUGAACGUCAAAAUGCUCUUUUGGAAAAGGACCCUAAAUCAAUUUAUAUACGAUCCAAUGAACUACGCGGUCAUUAUACUACGGUACAACAACUAGUGACAGAUUAUCAGCCUUUAUCAUCUCCACCUUUAUCUAAUGAUGGCGAAUUGGAUGGAUUUCUCAACGAUAAUGAAGAACAACAAGAACAACAAUAUCAAGUGAUGGAUUGGACCUUUUGGCAAGCUUUGAUUCAAGAUCCUAUACACGUGGCGAAAAAGACUCCUCAUUUACUCUCGACAAAACUAAAAGCUGGUAUACCCUCUCAUGCACGUGGCGAAAUCUGGCAGGCAAUCUGUCAAUCAGCUUGUCUUCACUUGGAAACUGUUUAUGGUCAAUUAUGUGGCGAUCGAUCUCCUUAUGAACGAAUGAUUCAACGUGAUCUCACCCGUACCUUUCCCAAUAUCGAUAUGUUCAAGCAAGAAAACGGUUCUGGUCAAUUAGCAAUGCGCAGGAUUUUGGUGGCCUACAGUUUAUAUGAUGCUCAUGUUGGUUACUGUCAGGGUUUAGCUUUUUUGGUUGGUCCCCUUUUGAUGAAUAUGCCAGAACCCCAAGCUUUCUGUGUAUUUGUUAGGAUGAUGGAAACUUAUGAAAUGCGAAGUAUGUUUACAGUCAAUAUGGAGGGUCUUCAAUUACGACUUUAUCAAUUCUCCUGCCUACUCGAAGAAUUUUUACCUGACCUUGCAGCUCACUUGAAUAUGCACUCAAUUCAUGCUGCCAUGUAUGCCUCCCAAUGGUUCCUUACUUUAUUUGCCUAUUGCUUUCCAAUGGGUCUUGUCACUAGAAUAUAUGAUGUUCUUUUUGUUGAAGGUGCUACUGAAACAAUGAUGCGCGUUGCUCUUGCUAUGCUUCACCGAUCAAAACAUAUCAUCUUGGCAGAAACCGAAUUUGAAGAUCUCUUGGAUUGUGUGGCGACAAAAAAGCUAUGUGCUCCCUAUAUGGAAGAUUGGUCCGAUGCUAUCUGCGAUGCUAUGUCUUUUUCUAACAGUAUCACUCGUCAAAAAUUGGAUCAAUUGGAACAUCAAUACUCUCAACAAGGUCAGCAAGAAAAGAAAAAGACACAACAAGUCUUGGCCAGUCGGUUGGGUAGCUUUUGGAGGCGUAAAUCGACAAGAAUAGAUAAGAACAAACAACAAACAACAACAUUGGAACGUUCAAUUAGCGAUGGAAGCAAAUGCGAAAACAAACGACGAUCAAAACAUAUGAACGCCACCACCUCAGCAACAACUAGAGAUAUACGAUCUAUUGAUAAUCGAUAUUCAUCACCAGCUGCCACAUCAUUCACCACCAAUAACCAAGAACAGCAUCAUGAUGAUGUCACAGAAGAGUUACUACAGGCUUUAGAACAAUUACGCAAAGAGCACAGUCGCACCAUUGAUGAAUUGCAUGAAACUCGAAUGGACAAGAAGGAUGUGGAAAGUGAACGCGAUGCCUUGAAAAUGACCAUCAUGGAAUUGGAACGACGAUAUCAACAUCCUCUAUUAUUAGAUAGCAAUCAUUCAUUGACUAGCAACAAUACAAUAUCAUCAUCAUCAUUAUGCGAAAAAGACACAACGUUGGUUGAUAACAACGACAUACAAGAUACACUUACCAUGUCACCAUCACUACCAUCACUAUCACCUCCAUGUUGUUCACCGCUUUCAGAUGAUAUUAUCAGAACAUGCAGUACUAGUACAGGUGGCGAUCUCUUUCCAGAUACAUCAGACGAAGAGAUAGAUGAUAGUAAUCUCCUACGCAGUGAACUUGUUCGAGUCAAGGUGGAACAUUUUGAAGCACAACAACAAUCCGAACGACUGGCACACGAAGUGGAUGAUCUUCAAUCACGAUUGGAUAUGGUGAAUGAAGGUCAACUUGCUCUUGUGGACAAACUGGUGAUGAUGAAAUCAGAAAUGGAUGAACUAUUACAGGAAAAGAAACGACGCGAUGAACAAUGGUUGGACCUGGAAAACAAUCACGUAUGUGCACAACGAGCCAUGAUGGAAAGGGUAUAUGAACUGGAAACCGCGCUGGCUGCUACCAAGGUUCGUUUGGCUGAACUAGAAGCUUCUUCUGAAGAAACACAAAAUCAACAGACUGACAAGGAAUUGGAUCUACAAGGCUCUCAAGUCAAAAGUAAUCGUAUAGGUAGAUCUGCCUCUUUAUAUGGACGGGUGUGGCAUGUUAUCUCUCCACGUUCUCAUUCUUCAAAAUCGCCUUCUACCUAGUUUAUAUCUUAUUCUUUAUAUACAUAUAUAUAUAUUAUCUUUCUUUAUUUAUGUAGAUAUCAUUAUUCAUUAUAUAGUUUUUUAUGUUUACCCCCCCCUUCUUUGUAAUAAAA